AUGGAUCAAGCCACUGGAAGCAUGGCGUCUGUACAGCGUCAGUCAACCUCUGAACAAGACCGAAAGCUGCUCGAGUCUGGGCUCUUCUCAGACGCGACUGUCACCUGCGGCAAGAAGACUUGGUCGCUGCAUCGGGCCAUAUUGGCAUCCCGAUGCCUGUGGUUCAGUAGAGCGCUAGAAGGUGGCUUCCGAGAAGCUGAGUCACAAGCCGUGAACAUUGAGGGCUUCGACGAGGAGCAAGUCGGUUGGCUUAUCGACUACAUCUACACUGGCGUCCUGGAUAUCGACAACAUAAGAGUUGGCCAACCCUUGACACCAACUUGCAUGGAUGUCUUCGACCUCGCCGACUUCUUUCUGAUGCCUGAUCUGCGAGAAAGCGUGACGGCAGUUUACGGAACCUAUACCGCCAACAUGUCAACGACAUUGCAGAGUAAUUUCGCUUGGCAGGACUUCGCUAAGCUUGGCGAGAUCCUUGACGCUAUCCGGUCCGUCUAUGGAGGCUCCGAACGUCCGGCAGAGAGCCAUUUCCGGGUGCUUGUGGUCCGCUUCAUCAACGAGUCCCGCUACCGCUUCCUCAGAUAUCCCGCCUUCUUUGAACUGCUCGACGAGCUCCCCCGAUUCGCUGCCGAUCUCUUCCUCACCAUGGUCCGGUCUGGAGAAUUCAUGGAGGUGUAUUACCCGCUCGAAUGCACGAGAUGCCAGAAGCUCAGACCACGAGGCGGGCCAGGACAUUACACUCAUGCGAUGCUGCCGGAAAUCGCCGUCUAUGCUUACUGCAAAGACUGCGUGGCCGCGAAGGACAUGCAGGCGGCGGAUACGGACUGGAAGCAGAGGCACAGCCAGUGGAUGGAGAAGCAUGAAGCGUGGAAGAAGACGAAUGCCGGGAGCGCAGAGAAUGCCUGA